AUGGUUGAGGUGGACGAUUGCCCUAGGAUUGAUAAAGAGAUAGAAAUCACUACUACAUGGGGAUUUCCUGAGUCCAUUGAUCCAGAUACCGUUAUCUUCUUCGGUGAAAACGACUUUGCUUUAACCUUGGAAUCAGAUGCUAAGACAAAGAAACCAGUCCUGUGUAAAUCUUUGCAGCAGAAAGUUUCUGUGUAUAACACUCUUGGGAGCGGUCUGGAUGCCGACUGUUUGGCUAAAAUUGAACGCUUUUAUCCAAAACCAGAUUAUAGAGAGAUUUUAGUGCACGAGAGGGGAAAUUCUAAGAGAAAUACUCAAAAAACUACCAAACAAGUGCCGGGUUACACUACAAAGAAAAAUGAAAAGCUUGGGCUAGGUUCUACUGGAGGAAGCAACAAGAGAAGUGACUCCAUAUCAGGUGAAAGCAAACACUCAACAACAAGUCCCCGCUCUGAUGUCUCCAGUACAAGACCAGUCAGUAAGAAUGUUCCCAAACCCACCACUUUACCCACUUCUCCAGUGGGAACCAAGCGCGCCCCCAGUUCACCUACUGCUUCUCACAUGAAAGCUCCAAAACAGGAACCUGUUGACUUCCCAGCUACAACAACAUACCAAGACUUGGGUUUAACCGACCACACUGGUGCAUACCCGUGUAUUUACUGUGGACUUACCUUCAUGACAAUGAACGAGCUGAAAACACACUGUGUGGAGCAACAUAAAACCAACAAGCCCUUCAGAUGCAAGUUCUGCGUGAAGUGCUUCAGGAACUCCCGCCAGUUGCUACUCCACACUUUCACUCACACAGGUGAGAAGCACUACAGUUGUCUGUACUGUCCUCAGAUGUUCAGACAGCCGGGUCACAAGAACAAUCACAUGAGGAUCUCCCACGGGGACUCCUUCCCCUACAAGUGUGACCAGAACAAAUCACGUGACCAGAACAUGUCACGUGACCAGAACAAGUCAUGUGAGGAGCAGGAGAAGUGCGGGGCAGUUUUCAGCACCUCACUCGAGCUGACCCGGCACAACAAAGAGAAGCACGUAGUCAGGACGACUAGAUGCAGAGCCUGCACAGUUACAUUCGGGAACCACACGCUCUACAAGGAGCACCAGUGCCCCAAGAAGGACAGGAAGCUGAACUGCGGGGCCUGUGGGGAGAAGUUCUACAGGAUGGCGGACGUGCUGCACCAUGCUAAGUUCUGCAAGUAUGUAGAUCCUACUGAAGUGACAUGUGAGAAGUGCGGGACUACCUUCCCUAGCGCUGCUAAGUGCUCUGUUCACAAAACUUAUCUGUGUACUGGUGAGCCUAUAGUACCUGUUAAAGAGAACAAGGUAGGAGAGCUGCUGGACAAGGUAAAGGAGGAAAUGGUGGAUUAUGAGGAGGAGAGCAUUGCUCCUCAAGUAGGGGUGGGUACACCCCUACCUCAAGCACUAAGUGAACUUGAGCAGCCUGAAAUUGAGGCUGAACUAAAGGUGGUAAUAGUUGAUGACCAAUCAUGAUCUCAGACUCAAUGUUCUUCCUUUAAAUUGUUAUUUGCAUCUUUAUCGUUGAAACUGUUCUUUAGUACUUCAUGUAGAAACAGAUCAACUGAUACAUAGUUUUUUAAAUGAUGUUCACUUAUUAAAUUUAAAUUUUGCAAAAUUUCACACUUUGUAAAAUGAUUUCUAGUUUUCGAGAAGUAAAAGUCAAUAAACUGUUUUUUGCAAUCUGGUCAGAUUAAUCUAAAAUUAUUUGUUAUAUUAUAUACAUUUUGAAUUGUAUAAUUUAGGUCUUUUAUAUCUAUGAACUUGGCAGUACUUUAUAUUAUAUUCGAUAAUCUAGCUGUUCAGCUCCUAUCAAUCACAAGAAAGAAACUUAUUGAAUAUUGAUCACUAAGCUACUACUAUCACUGAUUUGUCUUU